GAUUUCACAGGUCCAGGUCACUCCACAUCCGCCCACGGCGCUUGUGAACUCAAAGGUUGUUGACAAUGUUCGUUGACAGCUUGAUUGGCUUCCCGUUUGGAAAGGAUACGCAGCUUAGCUAGCUAACCGAGCGUCCCACCAACGCCAACAUCGUACAUCGUAACGUUGGACAACAACUACUACUAGCUAGUAGAGAACCACUUGCUUCAUUUUGCUUUGGGAAAGACAAAGGCCAUGCGAUCGCUACCACCACCGCUUCGACACUGUCUUGGAUCGCUGUCGUUCCGCUCGCCUAAGAUUGCUCAGCCGGUAGUAUGGUCCAGCCGGCAAGCAUCUCCUGUUGCAAUGAGAACCCGCCAACGAUUUGUGCUUGGUCAGUCCAGCCGCAAGCUCUCCUCCACCGUGACGCCUUCUGUGGAUCCCAUUUUGGACAUGACGUUCUUGGAUGAGCGAUUGGAGGAUCUCCAGCCAUCCAACAUUGCCAAGCAGUUGAUGGAAGAAGGAUACUUCACCACUGAAAAGUUCUUAGAUCCCAUUGAAACGACGGCACUUCGAAUGCAAUCCAUAGCUUUGAGACAGGAAGGUCGCUUUGAGCAGUCUUGGAGUGAGUCCAUUGGGAGCGACGGCGUGGCACAAAGAUUUGACAAGGAGGGAGUCUUCGCCUGCGAACCAGAUGGAGCCGAUUAUGUGACGGCACCAGAUAUUCUCAUCUACAUGAGCUGGCUAUUGCAAACGCUACCGCCUCGGCUAAACAACGAAAUGCAGGAAUUACUGCCCGAUGGAGGUUCAGUGGACCUCUCCAAUCAAGCCUUUAAUGCAAAGUUGGCUGUGACUCAACCGGGAGGAUCCACUUAUCCACUCCAUAUUGACAAUCCGCAGGGGUUGGCUGUUAACGACAUUCGGAAAUUGACAGCCAUUAUUUACCUCAACCCAAACUAUCAGGCUGGAGAUGGAGGAGAGUUACGCAUUUAUCUCCAGGAUAAUGUCAUUCGAGAUUUGCCGCCCGUUGGAGGGAGACUCCUGAUGUUUUGGAGUGACGAAAUUCCGCAUGAAGUUCUCCCUACGAGCCCCAAUGCCGACCCGCAAGACGAGGAAAAGGAUCGCUAUGCUUUGACCGUAUGGAUUCCCACCGACUCGGCAACACAGAUCCAUUCGCCAACAUCCAAGUUUAGUGAUUUAAAAGACGUGGUUGCGUUUUAGUUUGCCCAGAAUUGGAUUUUCAGCUCGUUACGCUUUGGUAACCAAACCUAGAACGAAUCAUUCAAUCGGAUAAAAAUGGUGCCAUGUAUGCCUGAAGACCCAGGGAAGGAGACCAACUCGAGGAGGCUACCGGAACCAUGCUUGCCGAAGUUGUGCUAUCUAUGUGAGGCUAACCAUCAACAAAGCAACCCAAAAAACACGAUGGGCUUACGAUAUCAGAUGGUACUGGAGAGUCCGGCUGUCUGCCACCGGUAUCCCGUGGGUGCCAGAGUAGAGCACCAACCCGUGUAAGGAGAUGUUUGCCCCGGUUCUCGGCCUUCGGCUCUUGGAUGUUGUAGAUCCUAUAGCAAUGUCGUUGAAAGAUGGAGAAACUCCACUAUUCGUCUUCAGGCGGAUCGAUGCGGCAAACUGCACCCACAACCCGACCUCCACAGCCACUUUCAAUCUACCCACAAAGAAACUAAGUCUGAUGCCCAGCCAGUCUGCGGCUGUACAGUAUAAUUGCUUCUGUAACUGCAUAUUCAUCAGCCCUCUCUAGCAAGCUGUGAUCUGUACGGUACCACCGUGAACAAACCCGCUGUUUCCU